CAUAAAUUCAACAACACUCUUUGUGGGAUGAGCAUUGCCCCAACAAACACAAGCAAAAAGAGCAACAAUAACGAAGAGAAUGAAAGUCGCAAGUGGCAUGAUCAAGGUCCUUGGAAUCUGUGGGAGCCUUCGCAAGUCCUCCAAGAACAUGGAGGCACUCCAGUACAUGGCCUCGGAAGCACCAAAGGUUGGAAUCGAAAUGGAGAUUGCGGAUUUGUCGGAAAUCCCCUUUUUCAACUCGGAUACGGAAGACGACAAGCAUCCGGCAGUGGAAGCGAUGCUGCAGCAAAUGAUGAAUGCCGAUGCGUUUCUGUUGGCAUCGCCGGAAUACAACUACAGCUUUGCACCCGCACUCAAGAAUGCCCUGGAUUGGGGAUCCCGGAUUCCCGGCAAUACCGGAUUCGGAGGCAAGGCGGCUUCAUUGAUUAGUGUAGGUGGAGGCCUGAAAGGUGGUCGAUCGCAGUAUCAUUUACGUCAAGUGGCCGUGUUUUUGGAUUUGUUUGUCCUCAACAAGCCGGAGGUGCUGCUUUCUGGCUUUGACGGGACAUUCGACGAGGACGGCAAGUUGACAGAUGAAAAGUCCAUGCAACGAAUGGUGGAUCAGCUCAUGGCAUUGAAAGAGCUUUCACUCAAGUUGAACCCUCCUCAGCCAGUAGUACCAGUCAUCAAGAAAGAGCUGUAGCUCUGGCACUGCACGUCACCGUAGCUCUCGAUCGCAGGAAAUGCUUUAAUACUGAUAUAAAGAGACAUUGUACCACAAAAACGAAAACGUGAAACCAUAGAAAUCAGCUAGACUAUUAGCUAAUAAGCUGUUCCCUCUUGCUUGUGUA